AUGGAGGUUUUGGAGCUAAGUGACGUGUUCCCGGGGCUAGAUGAUGAAGAUCUUGUAAGGUCUACUUUAUGUAACUAUUCCUUUAGUCUUCAUUGGACCUUGAACAAGUGUGGGCUACUGAUGUUUUUGACAACAUACUUGAGAAUGAUUUUAAGGACGAUUUGCUUACUGAUAUUACUUCAAAAAAUGCGGCUAAACCUGAACCUGUCGAUGCUGAUAUUUUUGGUAUUAGUUGUGUUUUACAAUGACAAAAUAGAUUUCGCCAAUGAACUUGUUGUUGGUGAUGAGGUUGAAGUGAACAACUCCACUGACCAUUUCGUUGCGCCUUCCGGUGUUCAUGGGAAGCCGGAUUUGUUUAAUGACCAAGAUGCUUUCCAUCGAAGUAACGCCUCAGAUACAUCACCGGAGACGUUUCGACUUUCACCCGAAAUAAGCAGCAACUGUUCGACACCGCCCAUCACGGAUUCCUUUGGGACAAAUCCUAAUUUGGCAUUAAUCUCAAAAAAAUUUAAGAGGCAUCCUUAUGCUGAAAGUCUUGUUGGCGAACCAGUGGCAAAAAAAACCUCAUGUAGUUUUUCUCCGCCAGCCAUAUCAUGCGAUACCAACUCCAGUACAGUCAAUCGUAUUCACUACGUGCUUCAAAAAGGGCAGACACUGAUUUUACAAACUGAAAAGCCUUAUCGAAUCCCUCAAGUGUUUAGUUCACAGGCCCGUUUAAAAACCAUUACCAGCGUCGGUUCUACCGCUCAACAGGUUUAUCGAGCAGAUAGCAGCGAGCGCACACGUGGAAAAGCAUUGACGAAUAAUCAAAGAACCUUAUCUGUCUAUCCCCUGACACCACCAGGAUCCCAUACCAGUUCAGACACAGAUGCUGGUGCCGAUUCGCCCGCAGAUGGAGCUGAUCCUCGUAACCGUUUAAGUAUUUUUAGUUCGCGAAACGGAUAUUCAACGCCCUCAGCUUCUGCGUCGGGCGUUCUGGUGCUGACCGAGGAAGAGAAAAGAACUCUAAUUGCAGAGGGCUACUCAGUGCCUACACGCCUUCCUCUCUCGAAACAGGAGGAACGAAAUCUCAAGAAAAUACGCCGAAAAAUUAAAAACAAGAUUAGUGCACAGGAAAGCAGACGUAAGAAGAAGGAAUAUGUGGAGACGCUCGAAAAACGGUGGGUCAUUGUUCUGCCCUGCUUUGUAUGGUCGAUGCGAGCACCGCCCUGCCCUGACCAGAAAUUUAUUUAUUUUGCCGCCGCUUUCGCCUCAGCGUGCACCGUCAAGGCGACUGCAACCAGGAGGACACUGCGCCACACCAUACGCCUCUCGGCAGGCCUAGAUGCCCUCGACUUGAAAGCGGCGUCCCUGCUGCACGCACGCGCGCGCGCGCACUUGCACAUCGUCACCGCGCUCUACUUCCGCGUGUCUGUGGAAGUAUACUCGCAAGAAAACUCCGAGUUGAAGCGCCGUCUGGAUGGUUUGGAAGGAACAAAUAGGUCGCUGCUGAGUCAACUUCGCCACCUUCAACAGUUGGUUAAUAAGGCCAACCUCACAAGUAGCGUCCCCACAACAAGCUCUACCUCCAGUUCAGUUUCCGCGGUCAAGAGAUCAUCCAACUCGAAUUCCAACUCCUUUUCUUCCUCCACCUCAUCAGCAUGUUUGAUGGUUUUCCUAGUCUGUUUUGCAGCGCUUUUUGCCGGACAACCUGACGCAGAGUCGAAUUCUGGCUCCUCUCUUAGCUUCCGCGUUCACACAACGACGUCGGGACACAUUGUGGGCGACCUGUCGACCCUCGGCUCACUUCACCAGAUUGGCUACACGUGGUCUGGCAAGAACCACAAAACAUAUCCCUCCAAUCCGCGACCCGAUGGUGACUACGCCAGGGGGCCCAAUGUGAGCCAUAUGAGGUCGCCUCCCACUGGCACUGCAUCGAUUUACCGCGUGCACGAAUGGGCGCGCACCUCGUACCUUAAGGGCAACAUCCAACCGAAGCCCCAAAAUUCAAACACUCCAGCAGUGCCUACUGGCCGCUCGAGACUCCUUGGUUCUUCUAAAGAAUUCGAAGAGUGUGAGCCUUUAACGUGGUGGGAGUAUUUCUUUGGGAAGUCUGGCUUUGAAUGUCCUGACACCGAUGGUACAAGAAGCACGGAGGAAACGCUUUUUAAACCAACUGGGCAACAGACAAACCAAAGUGUAAAUCAAUCAUCCACCCCCCUUAACGCGUCCAUGCAGUUGGAAAAACCGCUCUACUUAAUCAGAAUGUCCAGUAUAAUUCUGCAGUCAGCCUAA